AGGGACACAAGUAGACGACCAACUCGAACUACGGAAGUUCAAAACUCAAACUCAAACAACAACAGCAAACUAUCUCCACUUCCUAAACUCUGCGAACAAAAAUUAAAAACCAAAAUACAAUUCAGAUUCAGAGAAAUUCAUUUAUUUAUUUAUGGUGAUGAAUCAGAGCCGUUGAUUAUGAAUCUCUCUCUCUCUUCCUCCACUUCUUUAUCGACCUCAUCAACCACAUCGUCGUCUUCGUCUUCUUCAUCUUCGACGUCGUGGUUCUCUGGCAUUGUCAGAGGCCGCUCCGGCUCCGCCAAGAUGAGCACCAACUCCUCCGCCGCCGCCGGCUUUGGUGACAGUGUUUCUCCGAUUGUAAAGAAGAAUCACUGGCGUGGUGUGCUCUUCAAGUACGGUCCCAAGCCUAUUCAGGUUGCAUUUAAAACAGGUGAUUAUAAACAACAAGUAAUUUUUAUUGGUGGAUUAACUGAUGGCUUUCUGGCCACAGAAUACUUGGAACCUCUUGCAACUGCAUUGGAGAAAGAGAAAUGGUCACUUGUUCAACUACUUUUAUCAUCCUCAUAUAGUGGAUAUGGCACCUCCAACUUGAAACAGGAUGCAAUGGAGCUUGAUCAGCUGAUCAGUCAUUUAAUCAACAAAGAAGAUUCUGAAGGUGUGGUACUACUGGGGCAUAGUACUGGUUGUCAGGAUAUUGUGCAUUAUAUGCGUACAAAUGCUGCAUGCUCCAGAGCAGUCCGUGCUGCCAUUUUGCAGGCUCCAGUCAGUGAUCGGGAAUAUAGAGCGACCCUUCCAGAAACAGCUGCUAUGAUUGACUUGGCUUCUACCAUGAUAAGCGAAGGCAGGGGUUCAGAAUUAAUGCCAACGGAAGCAGACUCAGGAUCCCCAAUAACUGCUUCUAGGUAUCACUCCCUCUGUGCAUAUAUGGGGGAUGAUGACAUGUUCAGCUCUGACCUUAGUGAUGACCAGCUGAGAAUGCGACUUGGCCACAUGUCUAACACACCUUGCCAGGUUAUCUUUUCCAUGGCUGAUGAAUAUGUGCCAGAGUAUGUGGACAAGAAAGCAUUGGUUGAAAGAUUGUGCAGAGCACUGGGUGGUGCAGAGAAAGUUGAAAUUGAAUAUGGGAAUCACUCCCUGUCUAACAGAGUUAGCGAAGCUGUCCAGGCCAUAAUCGACUUUGUUAAAAGAGAGGGGCCUAGUGGGUGGGAUGACCCAUGGCACUAGUGUGGUGCCUUUUAAUCCUCUUCAUGAUCUUCAUUUUCUUUUUUACCCUGUCUAUUAUAAUUUUCUUUUAUUUUCCACUUUCGGUUGAGCCUCGGCUUUGUUUUUCUGUAUAUUAGAGGGUGGGGAAUUUUUAAUUAAUCCUAUUUAUUGAAGGUAUGAUAUUAGUUUGCUUUAUUGAACUUUAGUUAAAAGAGAGAACUUAGUGUUGGAAUUAAUUUAUUAGGGAAAAUUUUGAAUU